AAAAUGUCUGACAAACCAGAGACGGCUGAGAUUCAGAAAUUUGAUAAGUCUAAAUUGAAGAAAACAGAAACACAAAAGAAAAAUCCACUUCUUUCAAAAGAAACAUUUGAACAGGAUAGACAAGCGGGUGAAUCGUAAUGAAAUCUGCCCUGCCAAUAUGCACGGUACAUUCCACAAGCAUUGCUUUCUUAAUCUUACUUCUUUUAGCUGUUUAACUUUGUAA